CAAAUUAAUAAGAAAAAAAGCAUAAUAAUUAAUAAGCUUUGCUUAGCAUAUGUUUGAAAAAUGUAACUGGAAGGCCUUCUUGUUUGUCAGAAUGAAAUUUAAGCUUUCAUUUUUCUAAACAGUAACAAAUCAUUAAAAGGAAAUUACAAAAUAAUAGACGCAUGACAAAUUUAAAAUGGAACUAUUUUAUAAGUGUAGCCUGAGAAAUUAAUUUCAAAAGUGAACAACAAAAUAAACAGACCGUUUUUUCAUAUUUUCCUUAGCAUGAAAUGAAAGUGUCACCAUCACACUAAAAUAAAGGUUGCUUGUACGGUUAUAUAUUUCUUAAAACCUAGAUUGCCUAGGUGAUGAGCUAAUUUGAAGUGAAUUUUAAGAAUUCACAUGCCAUGCCCCCUGCUAUCGUGAUUUCGUAACGCAGAAUACUUGCAACUUAUGAUACUCUUGAAACUUGUUCACAUAUAAAUAAUAUCGGCUUUGACCUUUGACCAGCUAGUAGCUUAACUCUUGUAUCCAAAUUCAAUAUAUUAAUUCAUUAGUUAUCAUCCAAAUUAACGUACCUGUCACGUCAAACUUCACAUGUGUUAUUAGUGGGUUUGUUACGCUUGCAAUUUCUUUCUUUGUUUCCUUCAGUUAAAGCACCACUCUCUCUUUUUCAAUAAGACUUGGCAGAACACAACCAUCACAAAGUUUCUUCCUAACAAAACACAAACCAUGAAGGAAUCUUUUAAGGUGGAGCUCUGGUCAAUUUGGCUAUCUGGGUUAGUCUUGAUUGGUCUUUCUCUCUAUGCUACUCAGAGGCUACCUUUGCACAAUAAGGAUCAGAGCAGAAUCACUAUCUCCAAGCUCAACAACAACGUCGCAUCGGAUUCAACAGGUUUGAGGAUUACCAUAUUCACUGCUCCUAAACCUUUUAAGGGCUCCACUGGGACAAAGCAGUCACUGGCUGUUCAAUCAUGGCUUGCUCUAUCUCCAAAUGUUGCUGUUGUUUUGUUCAGCAAGGAUCCUUCUGUUGCUUCCUUUUCUGGAGAUUUUGGCUCCCGGGUUUUGGUUGAUACCAACAUUGAUUUCACCUUCCUUGGUACACCUUUUCUUCAUUCCAUGAUUGCAAGAUCACACUCAUUCACAUCAGACAUAUAUGUUAUUGUUGAUCCUGAAACUGUUAUCCUUUCCGGAUUCAUCUCCACCUUAAACCAUGCUUAUGAACUUGACCAUGAUUGGCUUCUAGUUGCUUCAUCACAAAAUGUGUCUCACUUCCCAUUUCAUUUGGACAAUUCUGGGAAACAUUGGCUACUAGACAAUGGGGAACAUGUGAAGAUCCAUGAGAUUCAGAAAAUGCUUCAGCAGAAUUGGCAGGGGAAUCAAUGCUACACAAGCAUGAUCAUUGCAUGGAACAACAAUGAUGCGCCUCUACAUAAUGGAGUUCUUCCUCCUUUCUUGUACAAUAAGGGUAUACACAACAAUUGGCUUAUUCAUGAAGCAAUGUCAUCUGAGUUCAGAUUUGUGUUUGAUGCUACUUUGACCAUCACAAGUUUCCAUCUGAAUGGUGACCAGGAUAUUGAAAAUAGGGAAUGGGAGUACAUUGGAAAUUCUCAUUUAGGUGCACAUUAUGGCUCAUUCUUCUUCAGUGAAGCCAAUUAUUCUAGCAUUCCCAAACUUUUCAAGUGUUAUAAACAAUACAUUAUUCUUGACACUGAUAAGAACAUUGUUUAUCCGAUUCGACACAGUAGAAAGAUGAACUUGUGGAAGGAAAAUAUUUUCUCUUCUUGGUUAGAGAAAAACACCAUGCAUUGCAUUGCUUGUCUGAAAUCACAGAUCAUCAGAAUAUUGGAUUGCUCUCUAAAGGGUCAAAUGAAAACUUCAGAGCCUCUGGAGAUUCCUUUCUCUUUAGAAUCACUCCUUUCGAUCUCGGCGGAUGAAACCAAAACCAUUGUUCUCACAACUGCUGGAUUUAGCUAUAAGGAUAUGCUGAUGAGUUGGGUUUGCAGAUUGCGAAAACUGUCCAUUGAAAACUUCAUUGUUUGUGCUCUAGAUCAGGAAACUUAUCAAUUCUCCAUCUUGCAGGGAAUUCCAGUUUUCAAAGAUCCAUUAGUACCAAGUAAUAUUAGUUUUGAUGACUGUCACUUUGGAACAAAGUGCUUCCAGAGGGUGACAAAAGUGAAGUCAAGAAUGGUCUUAAAGAUACUCAAGCUAGGUUACAAUGUUCUUCUUAGUGAUGUGGAUACAUAUUGGUUCAAAAACCCAAUUCCCUUGCUUCAAUCUUUUGGUCCUGCUGUUCUUGCUGCACAGUCUGAUGAAUUCAAUAAAAAAGGACCAAUAAACCUUCCGAGACGCUUGAACUCUGGCUUCUAUUAUGCUCACUCUGAUGGUCAAACCAUUGCUGCAAUGGAGAAAGUGGUGAGGCAUGCACAAACUUCAAGCUUAUCUGAGCAGCCAAGCUUCUAUGACAUGCUGUGUGGAACAGGAGGAUCCAACCGUGUCGAUGAUAAUCGAUGUGUUGAAUCCGAAACAAACAUGACAGUAUAUUUCUUAGAUAGAGACCUUUUUCCAAAUGGUGCAUACCAAGAUCUGUGGCAGAAGAAGAAUGUGAGUGCAGCAUGUUUGAAGAAAGGAUGCUUCAUUAUCCACAACAACUGGAUCAGUGGGAGGUUGAAGAAGCUUGAGCGCCAAGUCAUGUCAGGUUUGUGGGAGUAUGACUCUGGCACAAGGAUGUGCCUGCAGAGCUGGCACACUAUAAAACCAUGAAGUUAAUUUUGAUGAACCAAUUCAAUUCCUUCUUAUCUAUUCUAGAGACAGUUUUUGUUCUCAUCCAAGAAGACAUAGCUAAAAGACAUGCCUCAAUUUUGUUUGUGAAUUUUGAAUGCCUUGGUUUCAUCACUGCUUCAUAGCCGGCCGUUGAAAACAAGAUGAUAUUUGGUGAUAGGCUGCAAAACUUUCGGUUGCAGGCUAUGCUGAAGCGUGUUGUUCACAAGUUAGGCCUGGUAGAGGACACUAAGAAAGAUUACAAGAAGAAAAACAAGGCCAAAGGAAGCAAGGCUUCCUCAGAGCUAAGCUCAAGAUCAAGGGAGUUAUUUGUGAAGAUAAAGCAUGUAGGUGGACAAAAGGAUCUGUACAAACAUGCAGUUCCGGUGUCAAAGUUGAUGAGAAAGCAUCAUGGGAUGUGUAUUGCGCUGCCACAAGUCUUCAAGGAUCCUCACAAUGCAGUGCUCAAUGAAGGAGAGGUUUUGCAGCCUGGUCACAAGUACAUCCUAAUCUCCUUCAAGGAUGUGGACAAGCUCAAACGCAAGUUUCCGGCGCAAGGCAAAACCAGUAGGUCGAAUGGGGUGGUGGCGGUGGAAAAGAUGGACAAAAAGGCCAGGUCCCCAAGUGGACACAAACUCAAAGCUCAGAAUGGAGUAGCCGGCCGAAAGACACAUGAUGAGAUCACAUUCACAAAGGAGAAUGGCAACAUGAAAAUGCCAAAUGGAUUUGCAGGCCAAAAGAGGUUGGAAACAAAGACAAUUUUGUCUCCAAGUGGAAAAUGCAACAAAGGGCAAGCCAAAGUGGCAAAUGGACUAGUUGAUGAGAAGGAAGAGAUAGUGGACACAAUGGUGGAUGGAUCUCAAGGUGGAGAUGAGGAAGAACAGUCUCUUUUUUCCUCUGCAAGGGACUUCUAUGUCCCUAAGGAGAAGAGAUCGGCGAGACCUUGUUCGAGACCAAAAGGGCUAAAGGGGAGGAGUCCUUUUGUGCCACCUCUCCCAAAGGGAAGAUCAUAUAGAAGUAUGGGAUGGCAACCAAGCCUCCCAAGUGUGAAAGAGCUAUCACCAUGAUAUUUUGCUAAGGUUUUACUUUUUCUUUUGUGUAACUCCCUAUUCUGGUAUGGUAUUAUGCCUUGCCUGCCACUUAUUACUGAUUUCAUCUCACGGAUCUGAUUUCUAAUAGGUCCUGCUACAUCUUCUUAAUAAAAUUAAAACUCAUCUCCACCCUUGUAUUUGAUAAAACUGUUUACUUAUGCAUAAGAUAGAAACUUUAUUAGAAAUGAGGGAGAUGUGUAGUGCAAUUUACAUGAAAAUACUGGUAAAAAUGUAGAAUCAGUUUUGGAAUAACAAUGCCUCAGCUGCUACUUUUUGGAU